GGUUGGAAGGCAGGUGGUGAACAUCGCAUCUUUCAUGGUGAGAGUUGACUCUCAGAAGCACAUUGAUUUCUCACUGACAAGUCCUCUGGGAGGAGGGCGCCCUGGUAGGGUAAAGAGAAGGAACCAGAAGGCUGCUGCCAAGAAGGCUUCAGGUGGAGAUGGAGAUGAAGAGGAUGAAGAAUGAGCGCUGGUAUCAACCUUUGCUUUUAGUAAAUAAUAGGUUGUGUUUAAACUUGUAUCAGACACCAACCUAUUUGAGAAUAGUUUAAUUUAUAUCACUGCAUUAUUGUUCCAGUUUCUGGACCCUCAAACUCUGGUUUUGGCCAAAGUUUUGCUUACAUUUUGUUGUAUGCAAUGACUGGCGUUUUGACAAAUUAUUCUUUUAAUGUCGUGGAUUGUUAUUUUCUUUUUGGUUAUGGAGCAAA